AUGUCCACUCCGUUCACACCUCUCUACAUUGACGGCGAGGAGCGCCAGGCGAGCGACAAGGGCACCUUCGAGGUGCGCAACCCAUACUCCAAAGAGAUCGUCACUCUCGCUGCGUCUGCAUCAAGAGACGACUGCAAAGAUGCUAUCGAUGCUGCCGCAAAGGCUUUCCGCACAUGGGAGCACACCCCUCUAAUUACCAAGCGCGAUUACUUCCUCAAGGCGGCCGACCUCUUGGAGACGGACAAGUACAAGGCAAAAGUCGCGGAAGCGAUCAAUGCUGAGGCCGUCGCCGGCGAGUACAUGGUUCAAUUCAACCUGAUGACAUCGAUAGGCCUGCUGCGCUGGGUGGCAGGCUCCAUAGCGCUCCUCAGAGGCGAAACCUUCCCAUCUCUAGUGCCGGGUGGACAAGUGUUGGCACAGCGAAGGGCACAAGGCGUAAUUUUCUCAAUUGCGCCAUGGAACGCACCAUUGUAUUUGACUUUCCGAGCACUUGCGAUUCCGAUCAUCUGUGGGAACACCGUAGUUCUCAAGACAUCCGAGGUGACACCCCGCACCCAGCAUAUCAUCACCGAGUUAUUCCACGAGGCAGGCUUACCGAAAGGUGUCCUAAACUUUGUUCAUCUCUCACGAGAAGAUGCACCUGCCAGAACCGCAGAAAUGAUCGGGCACCCGGCCGUACGAAAGAUUACCUUUACUGGCAGUGACACUGUCGGCAAGAUUAUCGCGGGAGAAGCUGCAAAGUAUCUGAAGCCUUGCGUUAUCGAGCUUGGCGGCAAGUCCCCCGCGAUUGUCCUCGCCGAUGGGGACAUCGCACGCGCAGCCAAAGCCAUCACAUACGGCGCGCUCCUCUACUCGGGCCAAAUCUGCAUGUCCACCGAGCGCGUCAUCGUCCAGCGCGAAGUCGCCGCGGAGCUCACUGAGGCACUAAUCGCUGAGUUCUCCAAACUCAAGGCUGGAGGACCUGGCGAGGCACUGUCUGCACAGUUUUCGGAAGCCUCAGCGCAGAACAUCGUGUCAAUGUUACACGAAGCACAGUCUACCGGUGCAGAAUUCUUGCUUGGCGAUGGGACGCGCGACGGUUCGGUUGUGCAGCCGCACAUCGUGACUGGCGUCAAGCCAGGUACGAGACUUUGGGAGAGAGAGACUUUCGGCCCAGUGGUCGUUCUCAUCGAGGCCGACUCGAUUGACGAGGCGGUAGAACUCGCAAACCAUUCACAAUACUCGCUCGCGGGAAGUGUCUGGACGAACAGCCUGAACGAUGCAAUCGAUGUUAGCAUGCGAGUUGUGUCUGCAUCAAUGGGCCUACGAUUCAUCUGGAAGACGCCGUGGAUCUAA